AGCGUGCGCAUAAUAUGCAGCAUAAUCACAUCAAUUCGUCAGAUGUCAAAAAACCCAACAUGGCGUCGAGCGGAGGGCGAACGCCCGUCCAAGCUGCAACCCUGUCAGCCCCAGGCAGGUCCAAAACGCCGGUCCGGGUGGGCUACUACGAGAUCGAAAGGACUAUAGGGAAGGGGAACUUCGCAGUCGUCAAGCUAGCCACGCACGUCAUCACAAAAACCAAGGUUGCCAUCAAGAUAAUAGACAAGACACAACUGGACGAGGAGAAUUUGAAGAAGAUUGUUCGGGAGGUGCAGGUUAUGAAGCAACUGAGGCAUCCGCACGUCGUCCGUCUCUAUCAAGUCAUGGAAACAGAGAGGAACAUGUACUUAGUCACCGAGUAUGCCAGCGGUGGCGAAAUAUUUGAUCACCUCAUAUCCCACGGUCGGAUGACAGAGAGGGAAGCAAGACAGAAGUUCAAACAGAUUGUUGCAGCCGUCCACUAUUGCCACUGUAGAAAGAUUGUACAUAGAGAUCUUAAGGCAGAAAAUCUAUUACUAGACGCCAAUAAGAAUGUCAAAAUAGCAGAUUUUGGUUUUAGCAAUUUUUUUGAGAAGGGCCAGUUGUUGAAGACGUGGUGUGGGAGUCCGCCGUAUGCUGCGCCAGAACUCUUUGAGGGCAGGGAGUAUAACGGACCAAAGGCAGAUGUCUGGAGUCUAGGGGUUGUCUUGUAUGUACUAGUGUCAGGUGCUUUGCCGUUUGACGGGCCCACGUUACAAGGUCUGCGCUCGCGAGUCUUGUCGGGACAGUUUAGGGUACCUUUUUUUAUGAGCCCAGAAUGUGAACAGCUCAUACGACACAUGCUGGUCCUAGAUCCCAACAAGCGUUAUAACACGGACCAGAUCCUGGGCCACAAGUGGACCAAGACCGGCGAGCCGGACACCCCCUUUGACGACAUGAUCGCGGAGUACGACCAGCUUGCCACAACGGUGAACGGGCCGGAUCCAAUCAACGAACUCAUCGUCCAACAUAUGGUGUCCCUGGGGAUUGAACGGGAUCUCAUCCUACAGUCCUUGAGCGGCAAAAGCUUUGACCAAUUCAGUGCAAUCUAUCACCUCUUCCUCGACAAGUUAAAACGCCACCAAAAAUCCAACUCCCACCCUCACGACAAGAGUCGAAUGGCCGCCGCAACGACUACCAGUCCAUCACCAUCACCAAGCGAGGGCGGCGCAUCAGACGGAAUCGCGUCCAUGUCGUCAGUUUCGUCGAUAUCAUCAGGUGGGGGGCGGAGGCAGGGCUUGUUGCCCGGAGCGAUACCCCAAGUGCGCUUCACGAACGAAAACGAUCAGAUUAUCAUUCAGUCUGACCAGCCAGUGGAUGUAGACAGCGACCCUGAGGAACCGUGCCCAGAGGCCCUAGCUCGCUACCUCCAAGUCCGGCGGCAUACCCUUGGCCCGGCAGACCCAAGCCAGGAGGUUCCAGACCACCUGAAGAUGAAGCUUAUGCCGGCUCAGCAUGCCAAUCCCAGUACCGAGGGGGGCAGCUUUGGCCAGCAUCACCACCUUCUACCUACCUUGACUCCCGUGGUGCUUAACACUAACCUGCCCAUGAACUUGCCAUUGAUGACUGGGCUCAAUCAGCCAGAACAGCUUGUCACCUAUAAGGAACAAAAUCUUCUGAAGCCGCCAGCUCUGGAGGCCACGGGGGGUCACAACAGCUUCAGUCGUCGGGCGUCGGAUGGUGGCGCCAACAUGUACUUACACUUGCAGCAGUUUCAGAACCAGUUUCUCAGCAAAAGAACAAGCCAGCCAGUCAAUGUGGACCUGACUGGACAGACCUCAGGGGAAUCGUUACAACAGAGACUACCGCCGGUCUCAGCGACGGGCGUACCAGAGGAGGCGGAGAACUCGGACGAAGAGGAGCCUGACCAAGAAGAAGUUCAAAGGUAUCUAAGGAACAGAGGCGGUCGCUUCAGACACACGCUCUGCUCCGAAGUGCCCUCACAUGACCUACAGGAAGAGCUGCGACGGAACCUCAUACCGCAGCCGAUCAACGUCCCCCAGCGUUCAUCCCGGCGGGAGCGUUUCCACGUCCCGCCUGAUCGCAACCCUCACAUGCGAGACAUGAGUUUAUAUCCGCCGGCCAAUUACGUCUACACGCGCCGGGCCUCGGACGGCAUGCCCAACUUACAUGCCUUCAAGGCCCAUCUAGAGAGAGUGGCGGCCGGGGCAGCGUCAGGUGGGGGUGGAAGCAGCUCCGGAAGCCAGAAAAGCUCACUCAAGCAACUGCACAAGGAGUACCACCAACUACAGAAGCAGUGCUCACCGGUCGACCCAAAACUACAGGAGCUCCAACAGGCUCAACAUCAACUACACAAGGAGAAGAUGCUGAACCAGGUAACCCCGGCAACUGCAUCCACAGCCCCAGAAGAUGAGGAAGCAAAGAGGCAGAGAGAGCAAGAGGAAGAUGAUGAAGUGUUCUUCCAGUACCACAAUCGCUACAGUCGGCGGGGCCAGUCCGCCAUGGUCCCUCCCCAACCCCUGACAUUCCAGUUAGCCCAGGGUGGUAUCGGCAGCGGCACACCCCCAAUGAUACCAACAGUGAGAGCAGAACCCGCAACGGACGUCCAGACACAAGCCUUGCAACAACACCUACAGAGAUUACACCUACAGCGACCCUGCGACAGCCCACCAAUGCUCAAAAAGCUUCACAGUCCUAAUAGCCGAGCGAGCCCCCCUACCUCCAUCAGCCUCCCUGUUCAUCCUGAGGAGGUAAUUGAACCGUCCAUUGAUCCCACCGCUUACCCAACCCACCCGUUAUCCAUUGACAUGAGCCCCACGCUGGAUGCCCAGCCUGACAACCGGCCGGUGAAUGUGGGAAGCCCCUCACAAGGGAGCAGUCCUUUAAGUCAAGGGGCUGUAGGGGGUAGCAGCAUGUCUUCGCAGCGGGGCAGCCCACACAACCAUUCUGGGGAUAAUUGGUUUGGUGGGAUCAGGCCAGGCUUCUCUCCCUCUCCGCCAGUCAUUGUGACUUCGGCGGGAGGUGAGAUGCUAGACAUAGUGAACAUUGGGGGUCAGAGCAAUGAUUCACUGGAGAAUAUACUACCGGUGCUAUUCCAAAACCAGGGAGGCCGCUCCUCACAGGGGGAGAUUUCGGUGAAUCCGAGUAGCCUGACCUCAAGUUUGGUCUAUCAGCAACAGCAGCAGCAGCAGCAGCAGCAGCAACAACAGCAGCAGCAGUUGCAAAUGCUGCAAGCGGCUCAGUCACUUCAAGAACAGGAAGCAUUACAACAGCAAGUUGCUCUCCAGAAUCAGCAGAUGAAUCUCAUGCAGCAACAACAACAGCACCAGCACCAACAGCAGGCAUCACGGCAUGUGACAUUCGAACAAAUGAAUCAUGAUAUGAGCAGGCAGCAAGGAAUGCAGGGUGGUGUGGCAUUAGCACAACAGUCCAACCAACUUUUUCAACAGCAGCAGCAGCAGCAGCAGCAGCAACAACAACAGCAGCAACAGCAGCACUCACAGAUGAUCACUGAACCCAGUGGGGUGACAUUUCUCACUAGCCAGCUCCCGUCCAAUCAACAACAGGAAUCCAGGAAUCUACCACUCCCUGGGCUGAAUGGGGGUGUCCAGUUCAACAUCUCCAGCCAGCAACCAGUGAUGCAAGCAGCACCGCCCAGUCAGCACUACCCGCUGCCCAAUUUGAUGUCACCUGGAACGCUCCACUAUUUGCAGGGGAUUAACCAGCAACAGCGGAUUGAUGAUACAGACUUAGUGCAGGCAAUGGAAGAGUCCAACACG